AUGGGUUUCUUGGACAAGAAAAACGAGCCGGUCUAUUCACCGGUCCCCGAUGACCGCUCAUCCAACUCCUCCGACAGUUUACUCUACAAUGGCGAUGAGCCUAGGUUGGGUUCCGCAAGGUCGCAAAGAUUGGUCAAGAAGAAACUGUUGAUCGGUGUCGGCGGUUUCCUGGCCAUUCUGGCGUAUUCUUCUCUUCUUAUCGCUGUCACAUCGAUGUGGUGGAGGAAGGAAAGACUGCACGGAGCCAACGUCAUUGACUCCCCAAUCCGAAAAUACAUCCAAUAUGAGCCCAAGACCUUCCACAUGACCGAAACGUCCAAAGACUACGACCUUGUCGGACAGCCGAGUGACGAGCUCGACCAACGAUGGUCCAAUCUCAUGCAAUAUUUCUACGCCCAAGUUCCGGGCUCAUACAUGAAGAAACUCGGGCGGGAAAAGACGGGAAUCAAGCUGGAAAACGGAAACUACCUUGCCAACUUUGCCUGGGUCCACCAGUUGCAUUGCAUUAAACGGCUUCACCAGGCACACUUCCCCGACCGGUAUUAUCCCAACAUGACCGACUUUGAGCGGGAACUGCAAACAGAGCACAGCUUGCAUUGCCUCCAAAUGCUCGUCGAAGCCAUCAUGUGCAAGGCCGACGAGACGCCCUUGACUAUGAUCUGGUUCGACAACAGCAUCCUGCCCGGGGGCAACCGGACCGUCGCACACGAAUGCGUGAACUUUGACCGCCUGAUCGAGGGCAUGGAGGAGAUCAAGGUCGAUCCGUUCGAGCCGGGUGUGCUGGUCCAUCCCAAGUUUGGCCCUGUGUUGCCGGAUGGUCGCAACACGACGCUGGAUAAUAGGAUUGGGUAUAUUUUUGAUCCAGUGCCGUUGGAUCGGGAUCAGUAUCCUUGA